AUGAGUAGAAAAGCAGCUCCUGUUGGCUCUACAACAACAACUUCUGCCCCCCCACCUGCGGAAGGCCAGAGGAUACAGCCAAUGCUUCAGCAAGAAAAAGAGAAAGGAGCAAACUUUGAGACAAUCAUGCAAGCGAUACAUAAAAUACAAGCAGGACUUGACAGUAGAGAUGACAAGCUAGACACUCUUGUAAAGAAAUCUGAGAUUGUUCCUGUUACCGCAAUUUUUAAGCAACAGGAACAGGUUCAUAAUGUCUACUUACUGACUUACAUCUUCAGCAAUGGCCAUAGCUCGGACAACCAAAGAAUUGAAGAGCUCUUUACCAAAAACCACCAACUGCGUGAACAACAAAAGGGACUUAAAGAAAAUGUGAAAGUCUUGGAAAACAGGUUGCGAGCUGGGCUCUGCGACAGAUGCCAAGUGACCCAAGAAGUUGCAAAGAAGAAGCAACAUGAGUUUAUGAAGGCCCAUUUUCAAGGUCUUCAACACAUCUUCAUCCUAACUAAUGAACUGAAUAAGCUGAGAGAGGAAAACAAGAGCCUGAAGGAAGAUUUGAAGAGGUUAUAUGGCCCAGAGUAAGCUUUCCUAACUUUAU